GGAUGGAAAAUGGAUGAUUCCUUCUCCCAGAUAGAAAGGGCUAACUGAAAAUAUUGCAUUCCUUCUCUCUUAUCGGGCAUCUUGAAUAUCGGAUGCCCGAUCUCCUGCCCACCAGAACUCGGCUAACAUCUACCCACAACACACUACCCGUGCAUUGGGAACAUCUCCCCGUGUAGGAGGAUGAAAUGUCCUCCAUGUGUGGUUGCGAUGGUACGUGGGUAGAGGUGGGCAGAGUUCUUAUGAACAGGAGAUCCGGACUCCGAAUAUCGUGUCAUACCCUGAAGUCUGAAAUUCUGUAAACUUUUCCGUCGGACUCAAAGCUCCAGUCUUGGCUCAUUCGGCUGAGCUUGUAAAAAAAAAAAACCAUCUACGAUUUUCUUCAGCGGAGCUACUGAUAAUUAUUUGUUUCCAUCAUCUCCAUCUCGCUACAUUAUUUGUUUAUUUGUUUCGUUUUUCCAUAGAACUUGCAUUGGGGUAUAAUGCUUCUUGAAUCUCACAUCUUGGAUUCGUUGCUUAGUCUUGUGAUAAUUCUUUGCUUUGGGAUGAGGAAACCUUAAACGUGUGCGUUUCUUGUGGAUUUUGGAUUGGUAUCUGGAUGUCUUGGCAACAAGAGAUUAUUAUAAGUUAGAGUUAAUGGAGAAUCAUCUGAUGCUUCAGAAAGUUAUAGUUGUCUCGGUUGCUCUCUUUCUCUUCUGGAAAAUCAUUAAGCAUAUAGCGAGUUUUCUCAAGGUUGAAAAAGAGCCUUUGAGGGUCCUGAUUACCGGUGCUGCAGGACAAAUAGGCUAUGCUCUUGCCCCUAUGGUUGCCAGAGGGGUGAUGUUGGGUCCAGAUCAGCCAAUAAUUCUGCAUCUGCUUGAUAUCCAACCCGCUGCAGAAGUUUUGAAUGCAGUGAAAAUGGAAUUGAUUGAUGCUGCAUUUCCUCUCCUCCAAGGUGUCAUUGCCACCACGGAUGUUGUUGAAGCUUGUAUGGGCGUUAAUAUAGCAAUUAUGGUUGGUGGUUUCCCCAGGAAGGAGGGAAUGGAAAGGAAGGAUGUGAUGUCCAAAAAUGUAGAAAUCUACAAAGCUCAAGCUUCAGCCUUGGAGAAGCAUGCAGUUGAAAAUUGCAAGGUGCUGGUUGUUGCCAAUCCAGCAAACACAAACGCGCUCAUCCUAAAAGAGUUUGCACCUUCAAUCCCAGAGAAAAAUAUAACAUGUCUUACACGACUGGAUCACAACAGGGCUCUGGCCCAGAUCUCAGAGAGGCUUGACGUCCCUGUCGGUGAUGUUAAGAAUGUAAUCAUCUGGGGCAACCACUCUUCAACUCAAUAUCCUGAUGUGAAUCAUGCGACCGUCACCACCGGAAGCGGGGAGAAGUCUGUCAGACAGCUAGUAGCCGAUGACCAGUGGUUGAAUAACGAGUUCAUCACCACCGUACAGCAGCGAGGUGCAGCCAUCAUCAAAGCUCGGAAGCUCUCAAGUGCCCUCUCUGCUGCCAGUGCGGCAUGUGAUCAUGUCCAUGAUUGGGUUCUUGGCACUCCUAAGGGCACGUGGGUAUCCAUGGGUGUGUACUCAGAUGGGUCAUAUGGCAUCCAACCUGGCCUUAUCUACUCCUUUCCUGUUACAUGUGAGAAAGGAGAAUGGUCGAUUGUGAAGGGUCUUAAGAUCGAAGAGUUUUCAAGGAAGAAGAUGGAUGCCACAGCAAAGGAGCUCAUGGACGAGAAAUCUUUCGCUUAUUCAUGCCUCAAAUGAAUAUGUAAAUAAAAAAUGAGUUCCAUUCAGCCAUUUUAGAAUUUAUAUAACAAGUUAACAAUCGCCCCCUGUUUUGCACAAUUAACAUUCGAAUUUCUAUCAAACGAUGUUUCAAAUAUUUCA